GUUGCGCACACGCGCAGCGGAACUGUCUGUAAACAAAAUAACAAAAGCAUGUAUUUAUGCUGAACGUGAUGUUAACGCCAUCACGUUAGUCUUUUAAAAUCAAUAAUAGCGACGAUGAGAUGGAGGAAGAACUUAGCGAGUGGAAAAACUCCUUCGUGGAUUCAGCAGCUCUCUUUUCCACCUCCUCAGUCGCUUCUGGAUCAGCUGUUAAAGCAUCAUCAGCUCCUUCACACAGAGUCAUUUUGCAUUUUGACCUGGACUGCUUCUACGCUCAGGUGGAAAUGAUAAGAAAUCCAGCUCUGAGAUGCGUGCCUUUAGGUGUUCAGCAGAAAUACAUCAUAGUCACCAGUAACUACAUGGCCAGGGGGCGGGGUGUUACCAAGCUGAUGUCUGUCUCUGACGCAAAGGAGAAGUGUCCCGAGCUGGUGCUGGUUAACGGAGAAGACCUGACACACUACAGAGAAAUGUCCUAUAAAGUGACAGAGCUGCUGAUGUCUUAUUGUCCCCUGGUUGAGAGGCUUGGAUUUGAUGAAAACUUCAUGGAUGUCACAGAGAUGGUGGAACAAAAGCUCAAACAGACAGCAGAGCCUGGCUGCUUUUCCUUCAAAGGACGCGUCUACAAUCACUCCAGUGCUGAUGCUAAAGCCAGCGACCACCCCAGGUUGGCUUUAGGUUCUCACAUCGCAGCAGAGCUGAGAGAAGCCGUCCGCGGCAAACUCGGCCUGACUGGCUGUGCUGGCAUCGCCACAAACAAGCUGCUGGCCAAACUUGUUUCUGGCACCUUCAAACCAAACCAGCAAACCGUUUUACUGCAGGAGAACGUUGGCGACAUUAUGGGCUGCUUGAGCGGCCUCCGAAAAGUACCGGGCGUGGGUCACCAAACUGCUAAAAAACUUCAAUCUCUGGGAUUGGUCAGUGUUAAAGACCUGCAGGUUUACCCUUUAAACGACUUAGCGAAGCAGUUUGGAGGUCCUACGGCUCAGCGCUUGAAGAAUCUGGUGCUAGGUGUUGAUGAUUCUCCUGUCACCCCCUCUGGAGCCCCUCAGUCUCUCAGUGAUGAAGAUUCCUUCAAAAAAAUGUCUUCAACUAAAGAAGUUGUGGAAAAGAUUCAGCAGCUCUUGAGCAGUCUGGUAGAAAGGAUGCAGAAAGAUGGCCGCCAGCCUCAAACCUUCAGGCUUACAAUCCGAAGAUUCACGACGACCAACAAGUGGUUCAGUCGGGAGAGCCGCCAGUGCCCGAUCCCCAACAGCAUCGGACAGAAGAUCAGCUCUGAAAACAGAGAAGAAGCUGUGGUCCAGCUGGUUUCGAUGGCUAUGAAACUUUUCCAGAAGAUGGUGGACAGCAGUGCUGAUUUUCACCUCACACUCAUAAAUGUCUGCUUCAGCAACCUGCAGACGAGAGGGGCGGCCGUGAGCGGGAGGGGCGCCAUCACAUCGUUCUUCACGCAGAACGCAUCCCCCAGAAAACCCCAUCUCUUACCGUCACAAAACCAGGACGAUUCGCCUCGGAACGCCGGUGGCCGGCUCGACACACAAAUCAGGAUUUCUCCACAAAAAAAACAUGUCACCUCAAAAAGCUCAACUAGCUCUGAGGGGGCAUCACACGGGUUUAAAUGGAAACAAGAUUCUGUUAUGGAAGAGAAUCAGACAACUGCCUGCUGCUCCGAGGUUUCCUGUCCUGAUGCAACAGCAAACACUGCGGCAGAUCAGUUGCCCCCAGAUGUUGACCCAGAGGUGUUUAAGCUCCUUCCAGAGGAAAUUCAGAAAGAGUUGUUGUCUCCUCUCUUCCUAAACUCCUUGUCCAGCUAUCACUUAGUCUCGGGUGUCACCCGCAAACCAACAAACAAGUCCUCAGACUCUGAAAGGAUUGGACAUCCUGCUAACACACUGGACACGUCUAACCGAGCGACCACCAUGAGUCAGCCUGCAGGAACAAGUGGGAGUCACGGAGAGAACGUCAUGGAAGGAGAUGAGUUGCCCUUCCCCCAGCCUUCUGACUGUAAGUUCCCUGGAAAUGUGGACCCUGAGGUGUUCUCGGAGCUCCCACCGGACGUUCAACGGGAGCUCAUGUCUGAAUGGAAGCAGGAGAAACUGAUUCUGAAGACGCCGUCGUCCAGGAAACCAGGAGGAGGCUCGCAGAACAGAGUCUGUAAGCUCAGCCCCACUCGAAUCGGAACAGUCUCCUCCCUGCAUCACACGUGAGACGAGGAAAAGUUCAGCCUGGAGCAUGCCUUCGCUGUCCCGUCAUCUUUGAUCUAAUAAAGUGGAAAACAACUUCUGGAUGGACGUUUGUACUUCCUGUGGAUAACGUG